AUGUCAGUUGCUGCCAAUGUGUACUCAAACUCUGAGGUCAAAGCUAAUAAUCCUACUAAGAAUCCCACUUCUUCCACCAUAACUACAGACCAGUACAAACAACUCAUGAGCAUUCUCCUACAUGUCCAGGUUACCGAUGAGGGUCAGAAUCAGUUCUCUACUGCCUCUGUAAAUUUUGCAGACUCUGGAGCAACUGACCAUAUGACCUCCAAUAAAAAUUUACUUACCAAUAUAACUGAUCUACCAAUUCCUAUUCUUGUCACACUACCUAAUGGUUACAAAGUGAAAGUAACUUUUAUUGGUACGGUACAUAUUAAUUCGAUUAUCACUCUUUCUAAGGUCCUUUAUCUGCCUACAUUUAAGUACAAUCUUAUUUCUGUAUACAAACUCAUUCUUGACACAUCUUUGCUAUUAACUUUCUCCUCUACUGCAUGUUUACUACAUGGCCCUUCUCUGAAGAAGCCAUUGGGACUUGGUAAGAUGGCUGAAAGGCUCUAUCUACUCAACUCUACCUCCACAAAACCAUAUGCUGCUUCUUCUGCUGUUCCUAUUCCAUUUUCUGUUCAUGUAAAUACUGUCACCGUGAAUAAAGACAAGUUUUCUCCCAGAUCUACACCUUGUAUCUUUCUUGGCUAUCCUCCUGGAAAGAAAGCAUACAAGUUGCUGCAACUUUCAAACAAGAAAAUUCUUAUUUCUAGGGAUGUUGUUUUUCAUGAAAACAUAUUUCCUUACUCAGAAUCUACUUCACCUAAAACAUUGUUUCUGGGUCUUUCUAAUUCUUCAUAUUUUGAUUACCCUACUACUUACCCUCCCUAUCACACUCCUUCAUCUCAUCAUCCUAUUCCUUCCCCUCAACAGAAUAUUCCAGCUGCUUUUCCUCACCACAACACUUCUUCUUCCUCUGUUUAUUCUCCUCUGCAGGUUGUUUCUACUCCUUCCUUUGUGCAGUCCUCUUUUGCACCUCCUUCCCCUUCUGUUUCUCCAGUCCAUACACCUAAAAAUGCUCCUAGAUAUCCUUCCCGACCUCAUCACCUUUCUUCUUAUCUAAGUGAUUAUGUGUGUGGUUUUGUUUCCUCUUCUUCACCUUUCACUUUGACUUCUAUUGCUUGUUUUCCCAAGUUAGUUUGCUUCAGUAGUUUAAGUUUCACUAAUCAAGAUUUACUUAAGGCUUUAGAUAAUGUUCAUGAACCUACAACUUAUCAACAAGCAGGACAACAUCCUGCUUGGCAAGAAGCAAUGUUAAAAGAGUUUGAGACUCUUGAGGCAAAUGCCACUUGGGUUAUUGUACCCCUUCCCGGUAAGAAACCUAUUGAAAAUAAAUGGGUGUAUAAAAUUAAACAUAAGGCAGAUGUAAGCAUAGAAAGGUUUAAGGCAAUGUUAGUUGUGAGAGGGGAUACUCAACAAGAAUGGGUUGACUAUACCGAAACUUUUUCCCAUGUUGUUAAAAUGACUAACAUUAGGUCCAUCAUAGAUGUUGCUGAUAAGAAGGGUUGGAAUAUGUUCCAACUAGAUGUAAAUAAUGCAUUUUUGCAUAGGAACUUAGAUGAAGAAGUGUACAUGAGGAUUCCUCAAUGGAUGGUAGUUUCUGGGACUAAUAUGAUAUGCAAAUUGAAGAAAUCUUUGUACGGUUUAAAGCAAGCCUCUAGACAAUGUGGCAAUGAUGACAAGGAGAUGUCUUCCCUCAAACAAUUUCUGGAUAGCCAGUUUAAAAUUAAGGAUUUGGGGCACCUCCAUUAUUUUCUUGGCUUGGAAAUAUUGUCUGAGCCUGAAGGAGCAAUUGUGUGUCAAAGAAAAUUUUCUUUGGAUCUUCUCUCUGAGUUUAACUGCUUGGAUUGCACUCCUGUAGCUAGUCCCUUGGAUGUUGCUGUGAAGUUCAAAAAUAUUUCUGGGGAGCCCUUUCAAUUCAUGCAUGCUCCUUCCUCUGUUCAUCUUACUGCUGCUUAUCAUGUUUUGAGGUAUGUCAAGGGUACUUUCGGUCAGGGGCUGCUUAUGUCCAAUGCCUCUAAUUUUUCUCUUGAAGCAUACUAUGCUUCCGAUUGGGCCACUUGUUCCACCUCUCGGAGAUCUGUUAGUGGUUAUUUGGUUUUGCUUGGAGGUUCCCUUCUCACUUGGAAGUCGAAAAAACAUCAUACUGUAUCUCUUUCUUCUGCUGAAGCAGAAUACCGGUCAAUGCGUCGGGUUGUUGCCGAAUUGGCUUGGCUAACCAAGAUGCUCAGUGAGUUAUUUGUGACUUUCAUUAUUCUAGUUCCCCUCAAUUGUGAUAGUCAAUCUGCAAUCUAUAUAGCUCGGAAUCCUGUUUUUCAUGAGCGCACCAAGCACAUCGAGCUCGACUGUCACUUGGUCCAUGAGAAACUCCAUGAAGGCCUUAUAUCCUUAUCCUUUGUCCCCAGCAGCUUGCAGUUUGCAGACAUGCUCAUCAAGCCUCUCUCUGGUGUACAUCAUCGCUCCAUUUUGAGCAAGAUGGGUAUGGCAAACCACCCUCCAACUUGA